AUGUCGGCGAAUUUCUCGCAUCUCUGCUUGACCGAAGAACAGCAACGGAUGUCGGGGACGGCGUUGGAGUACAAUUUGCAGAGGUAAACAGACGGCUUGACCUAUUCGAGAUCAUUUCAGAUGUUCAGGUACUUCUAUCCAGCACUAGCGAUAUUCGGUAUUCUAGGCAAUGUGCUCAAUCUCACAGUGCUCCUAAACCGGAGCAUGAGGAGUCGCGCCAACUCAUUUUUGGCCGUUUUAGCAUUUGCCGAUAUCAUCUUUCUGUUUCUUCUCUUCCCAAACAUACUCGCCAAUUACUCUCUUUUCACAUUCAACUGGUACUAUCGGUGGUUCUACUUGCAUGCCAAGGUGAGAUCGGGCUACCAACUGAGAAAAGAUCAUCGUAACAAACCUCAUUUCCUGUUGCAGGUACACCUAAUCUCUCUCGCCAAUUGGUGUUCUUCGGUGGCUCACUGGUGCGUGAUCGCCGUCUGCGCCGACCGACUUUUGGGCAUUCAGAACCCGCUGUACGCUCGCGCCACGUGGCACUGGUACCCUCUUUCUGAUCUGUGACACCGUUCCAAGAGCAUCUUCAGGUGGAAACUGCCGUUAGUCACCACGAUCAUCGUGUUCACGUGCGGCCUUCUGACGUGCUACCAGCAUUUUGAGUACUUCUGUCUCGUUCGAUCCUACUGUCGCGAGACGCAACUCUACUCGAGGUGUUUGCCAGUAAAUGCAGAGUGAGUUCGGUCAUUUGGAAAUUUGGAAUAAUUAUGAAUGAUGCCGAUGACUGCGCACGGCUCGAAUGACUCAUAAAUUUUGCAUUUCUCGAGAAAACAGCGCGAAGAGAAAACAACAUCUUUUUGGAAAAGAAAUGUGCUGGCGUGGCAAGGAAAGGGUGUCAAAAACAUGCAAAACGAGCCUUGACUGACUUUCAGAUGACGCAAAUGACUCAUUUCAGAAAAUGGUUUGGACACCGCCCGAAUCCGUUCUCCGACCGCUACCAGAGCUUCAUCGCCAUGUGCAAGCUGGCUCACAUCUUCCUCAUGAUCAUCCUUCCCAUCAUUCUCCUGCUCUUCCUCAAUCUGACACUUCUCUGGGCUCUCCGGAAACGGCAGAAACAUUUGUCCAUCGGGAAGGAUUUCAAUGCGGACCGGUAAGAACCUGAGUCAAAUCCCCAUCUAAUCUCUGCUUCCUUCAGACGUCAUAACGAUGUACACAUGCAGAAAACAGAACAUCGCGUCACUUUGACCGUCACUUUCAUCGUUACAAUGUUCACUCUCACGAACGGGCCGUCGGCUCUCGUGCAUUUGGUCAUGUAUGCAACUCAUCAAGAGCUCUACGAUUUGACCAUGAUAUCUAGGUAUCUCCAAUCCAUUAUUUUCCGUUUCUAUUAUCUCUUAACUUGUUCCAGCACACUGGUGAUCUGCGGGAAGGCGUCAAACUUCAUUCUUUUCUGCCUCGGCUCCAAACACUUCAGGCUAAGGCUGCUCAAGUUGACGCGGAAGAAGAUUAACAGAAAAAUCGGUGAGUUCCACCGUUCAGUCAACGAAUAUCCGUCGCUCCUAACAUCCUAGUGCUCCAUAAGAAUUCGUACCUCUACAAGACGAAAGGAACGUCGUUCUCGAGACUAGGAUAACAGGGUGCACACGAGCAUAUCUGUAGGUUUCCGUGUGACCUUCUCACUCCCUCAGUUCGAUCCGAACUAACUUCCCCAACCACACCGUUUCAUUCCUUCGUUCCACUUUUCUUCUCUGCUCCUCUGUUUCCAUGAUUACGUGUUCAGGCCGAGUGGUCAUCCUUCACGAGAGUAUGUCCACACUCUUCACUGUUAUCCGGCACUGGCGCAACACUGGAUCCCAGAACGGUUCGCCCGCCCGUUUCUUUUUCGGCACUUUCUGAACCACUUGCACUCGGGCCACGAACAGCACGCUUUUGCACUUUCCCACUUGCUAACCCACUCUGUUUCCACUCAUCACGUCUUCCGAGCUUCGAGAUUCUUUUUCCACGUCUUCAAGAUUCACAAGUCCCUGUUCAUUCAUCCACGUGGCUUGUCUCACUGAUUCCCUUUCUGUCCCACCCAGAUUCCUUCCCCAACUUACCAAUUAUUGCGUUUUCAGACUCCAUAACCGGGUCGCUAGUGCAUACCACCAAGAUGAGCUCAGCCUCCUCCCGUCGUACUUCUGCUCCAGUUCAGGAGAAGAAAAGAUCCUCCUCUUGUGCUCCAUUGGUUGUCAAGAACAGAGCUCUGAGCACAGUGGAGACCAUCUAUCAGCCACUUUUAAACGGUGUCCAACGAAAAGACGAUCUCUGA